GGUGAAUCUGGUCGGAGGAUGAAAGAUGCAGGGCCCAAGAGGCGACCUAUCAAGCACCCUGGAGGUCUUGGUCCGCCGCCAUAUCAGUGGACCAAAAAGCAACUCGAAACCAUUGAUGCGACGUGCCAGAGGAUUGCUGAGAUUGGACUUGAACACUACAAUACCAACAAAGCCCCCUAUACUGGGGAUGGUGCUACCUAUGAGCUGGUGGAAACAAGGGAUAGCACCUCAUUCAUCCAACGCAUGACAUCAAUUGUUAAGGCUCAUUCCAACUUUACUGCCAAGCCCGUCCACUCAAAUGGACCCACAAUGCUCUUCUUUACUGAACUCUCAUCUCCAGUUUCAUCCAAGAAACCUUUUGUAGCAACUAACACUACUGUUCACAGCUGCUGCUUGCUUGGCUGUGAUGGUGAAGGUA